GCGCACCCUUCCUCACAAAAUGCCCCUCUUCACAAAACCCCGCCAAAGCCUUCAUUCCUCCAUAGCAAAAUCCUUCACAUACAAAUCCCCAACAAGAUACUUUCACGCUUCAUCCGCAAACAUGACCAUCAAGACCUUCUUCGACGUUACCUGGGAGGGCCCAGUUCUCGAUGCCGCUGGCAAGCCAACCUCAAAGGUCGCUGAGCAAGCUGGCCGCAUCAACUUCCUUCUCUACGACGAUAUCGUCCCAAAGACUGCUGAGAACUUCCGCGCUCUCUGCACCGGCGAGAAGGGUUACGGUUAUGCCAGCUCGUCCUUCCACCGCAUCAUCCCUCAAUUCAUGCUCCAGGGAGGUGACUUCACCCGUGGCAAUGGCACUGGUGGCAAGUCCAUCUACGGUGAGAAGUUCGCCGAUGAGAACUUCCAAAAGAAGCACACCAAGCCAGGACUUCUCUCCAUGGCCAACGCCGGACCCAACACCAACGGCUCUCAAUUCUUCAUUACCACCGUUGUCACCAGCUGGCUCGAUGGCAAGCACGUCGUCUUCGGCGAAGUUGCUGACCAAGAGUCAUUGGCUGUCGUCAAGGCUCUCGAGGCCACUGGCAGCGGUAGCGGAAAGGUUACAUAUAACAAGAAGCCUACCAUCGUCAAGUCUGGUGAAUUGUAAAUUGGUUAGCCACAUGGGAGUCUUUCAUUAUGCUUGAGCGCUGUCUUUCAUGGUCCUAAGAUGCUCGCAUGGUGGUGGAUGGACUGGUGAGGGAA